GAGCAAUGCUGACGCGACAGCUUAGGGCAAUCAGAAAACUCCCCCCCCAAAAAAGCAGCUUUAUAGGGAAGGUGCAGCUGCUUUAACUCCUGACGAAGAGCCUAGGAAGUUUUUUUUCCCAUAUUAAACAGGACUCUGCUGUGAUGGACGGUGGUUCCAGUGAUGGGGAGGUGACAGUCCUGCCCCAAACGACAGCCCCACACCAAGAGCGCUACUUCAGCCGUGUAGAUGAGAGCGGCCAGGAGCUCCAGCGAGAGAGGAACAUCACUGCCAACUUGCGGCAGGACCUCAACAUCAUGGAGCACACGAAGAGAGUUUCCAUGAUACUGCAGAGUCCGGUCUUCUGUGAUGACCUGGAGACUCUGAUACAGGACCAACUGAAAAAGGGGAAUAACCCAACCAACCUACUUGCCCUCCAGCAGAUUGCUGACUUCAUGACCACAACAAGCGUGCCAACCAUGUGCCCUGUGGCCCCACAGGGUGGCAUGGCUGCCCUCAACAUGAGUCUUGGGAUGGUGACCCCAGUGAACGACCUGCGGGGCUCAGAGUCCAUCGCCUAUGAGAAAGGGGAGAAACUCCUGCGGUGCAAACUGGCGGCUUUCUACCGGCUCACCGACCUGUUCGGCUGGUCUCAGCUGAUAUACAACCACCUUACAGUCAGACUGAGUUCUGAGCAGGAGCACUUCCUGAUUGUCCCCUUUGGGCUUCUGUACAGUGAGGUCACAGCAUCAAGCCUGGUGAAACUGAACAUGCAGGGGGAGGUAGUGGACAGGGGGAGCACCAACCUGGGGGUCAACCAAGCCGGGUUCACUCUCCACUCCGCCAUUUACACGGCUCGCCCGGACGUCAAGUGCAUCGUCCACAUCCACACGCCUGCCGGAGCAGCAGUGUCAGCCAUGAAGUGUGGCUUACUGCCCAUCUCCCCAGAAGCACUGUCCCUGGGGAAAGUGGCCUACCACAACUACCAUGGCAUCCUGGUGAAUGAAGAGGAGAUACAGAAGAACCUGGGGCCUGAGAGCAAGGUUCUUAUUCUGCGAAACCGUGGCUUGGUGUCUGUGGGGGAGACUGUGGAAGAAGCCUUUCACUACAUCCACAACCUGGUCACUGCAUGUGAGAUACAGGUGCGUACUCUAGCCAACAUGGGAGGCCCUGAUAACCUGGUCAUGCUGGACCCAGUGAAGUACAAAGCCCGACUCCCUCUCUCCGAGACCCAGAGCAGUGCGGACGCUGCCCAUCCCAGCUGGCAGCUCGGGGAGCAGCAGUUUGAGGCUCUGAUGAGAAUGCUGGAUAAUCUGGGUUACAGAACAGGAUACCCGUACCGCUGCCCCGCGCUGCGCCAAAGAGGGAAGAAAUACAGCGAUGCGGAGCCGCCUCCCUCUGCCGCGCGCUUGUCCUCUGUGGAGGACUUCAGGUCGGGUCUGCAGACCCCUCUCAAACAGGGCUUUCAGAGGCCGCAAGGAGACCGGGCCGCGAGGCUGCAGGCGGGCCGGUCCGGUCCGGCCUGGGAAGACGGGCUGAGCAGCAGCCCCGGGGGGUCGGCUCAGGUGUGGACGAGCAUCACGCGCGGUCACGUGAAACCCCUUCUGCGCUCUCUCUCCGCGGGCGUCUGCGUGCCCAGCUGCAUCACCAGCUGCUUGUGGACCAAAGAGGAUGCUCUUCGGCAGCCAGCAGUGGCCAAUCAGUUUGUUCCCCUGAACACGAACCCGAAAGACGUGCAGGACAUGAGGAAUAAGAUCCGUGAGCAGAACCUUCAGGACAUUAAAACGGCAGGACCUCAGUCCCUGGUGCUGUCUGGAGCUGUGAUUGAACGCACCCUCAUUCAGAGAGAAACAGUCUGGCAGGAUGCUCCCCUUUCUGACUGUACGGACUCUAUUGAUGGGCUCGAUCUCUGUGAGCAGACCAAUAGCCCUGCUAAAUCCAUUAGAAAGGGCGAGCUGGUGACCGCAUCGAAGGCUAUUAUCAAAAAGGAGUACCAGCCGUGCGUAAUCGUGAGUAAGGCCGGACCAAACCCCUUCAACAAGCUGUCAGACCAGGAGCUGGAGGACUACUGCAAGGAGGUUGAGCGCAAACAGAAGGAAACUAAAGACCAUUUACUGGAAAUAGAAAAUUUACUGGAAACAGAGAAAGAAGCGAAAGAUGAAAUCCUGAAGCAGGCACCCCCCAGCACUCCAUUCAAAGCAGAGGAAGAGUCCCUGCAGGAAGAGAACCAAUUGGAUGAGAGCAGCAUAACCACUUCACAAUGACCUCUGACCCUGGAUGAGCCCCCUGAGGCCCCUGUAGUCUGACUGCUCGGGAACCUCUAAUCUCUACAGCCUGAGCACCAGGAACCUACAUCAACGUUGGCCAACCUCGACAGCCAGGAGAAACUCGCUGACCAGGGCAGCAACAAGCAUCCAGCUGGUCCCCCUCCACAAAUACAAGCAUCCAGCUAGUCCCCCUCCACAAAUACAAGCAUCCAGCAAGUCCCCCUCCACAAAUACAAGCAUCCAGCAAGUCCCCCCUCCACAAAUACAACCAUCCAGCUAGUCCCCCUCCACAAAUACAAGCAUCCAGCUAGUCCCCCUCCACAAAUACAAGCAUCCAGCAAGUCCCCCUCCACAAAUACAAGCAUCCAGCAAGUCCCCCCUCCACAAAUACAAGCAUCCAGCAAGUCCCCCUCCACAAAUACAAGCAUCCAGCAAGUCCCCCCUCCACAAAUACAAGCAUCCAGCAAGUCCCCCUCCACAAAUACAAGCAUCCAGCAAGUCCCCCUCCACAAAUACAAGAAUCCAGCUAGUCCCCCUCCACAAAUACAAGCAUCCAGCAAGUCCCCCUCCACAAAUACAAGCAUCCAGCAAGUCCCCCCUCCACAAAUACAAGCAUCCAGCAAGUCCCCCCUCCACAAAUACAAGCAUCCAGCAAGUCCCCCCUCCACAAAUACAAGCAUCCAGCAAGUCCCCCCUCCACAAAUACAAGCAUCCAGCAAGUCCCCCCUCCACAAAUACAAGCAUCCAGCAAGUCCCCCCUCCACAAAUACAAGCAUCCAGCAAGUCCCCCCUCCAGAAAUACAAGCAUCCAGCAAGUCCCCCCUCCAGAAAUACAAGCAUCCAGCAAGUCCCCCCUCCACAAAUACAAGCAUCCAGCAAGUCCCCCCUCCACAAAUACAAGCAUCCAGCAAGUCCCCCUCCACAAAUACAAGCAUCCAGCUAGUCCCCCUCCACAAAUACUGUAAAAUCUCUGCACUCUUUCCCUCCAAAGGAGGAACAAGGAUCCUAAGGCUGUCUUCACAAAAUGCCAUGCUUUUAUUUGUAUAUUUUACACUAGUGUUCACCUCCAGUGUACAAUGCAGUAGGUUUAAAUAUGAUUUGUAGUGAUUGAGUGUAGCUGUGUGGCAGUAGAUGCCUUUUUUAGUCCACAAUUAGAAGUGAGGAUAGAUAUAAUUUCCUUUUUUGAGGUGAAUACUGCAUCUGUAUGCUCAUUUUCCACUAGACUGCAUUAGGACUAUAUUGAAAGUGUCAUUUUAAGAUCCAUAACUUGACCCAUAAGGCUGCUAAUGGCAGCAGCAUUGAGGCUCAUGACAGGUUUCUCUUUAGGUAAAAACAUAGUUAACGUAAUUAACAUAAGUUAAUUACCUGCUGGCUAAGAGGAGCUACUGCACAUUUGCAGGCAAAUCCCUGCAAGUGCGCUGUGAUUCUGCUUCAAGAAAAACAUUUCAUUGAUAAUCAGUUUUAGGCAUGAGGAGUGCAUGAAAUGUAGAAAUUAAACCUUUGGAGGAAAAUGGUUAUUGGCCACAUUCACAACAUGGGAUAAUUGUAGAGUUCGUGCAAGUUCAAAUUUAAGUUCAGUUUAGAUCAUAUAUCACAGGUACUGAAGACACAGAUGCACCAAUUUAAACAGAAGUAAGGAACUUUUUACGGUCUAUUAUUUUUGUAAAUCAAGCAUCAACAACUUUGGAAAUGAUCGUUAGAUUGUUUUUUUUGUUUUUUUUAAGUGAGGCCCCAGGAAUGUUCAGUAUCUUUUAUUUCAGUAUUUGGUUACAUUCGUGUUAGUCGGUUCCUUAGGAGUGCAGAGAAUAUCACUUCCUCCAUGUUUCUCCACUAAUGGCCAGUUGGGGAAGGGGGACAUUUUAAAAAUCCAGGAAAUCGGUUGCUGGUGGGUUUCAACUCUUCGUACAAAAGUUAGAAAAUGGUUAGAUAUCUUUGGAAUCAUUAGUGUCCAUCAUAUCCUGAAAGUGUGGAAGUCUCUGAAUCUCAGAUUGUGAGAACAAUGGAGGCAUCUCUUUUGUCUAGUUUUUCAGGUAUGUUCAUAAAUGCAUAAACGCUCUGCCAUUUAAAGCCGAAAGGGAGAUGGUGUCUGAGCACAGACUGUGAGGUUUAAGCUCAGAAUUUAUUGCCUUUCUGUGAUUGUCCAUCUUGAGUUUUCCUGCAAAUAGGGAGGCUUUGACUUGGCUGGAUUGUGUGCUGAGUAAAUUCAUUAACCUCAAAUAUCAGACAGUGUAAUCCAGAUAAAAAUGGUGGACGUGCAGGUAUUUGUGCUGGGUGUAGACACCAUAUAUUACAGCUGUAAUUAUGCAAAAACGGUGGCUUUUUACAUGCACUCACAAAAAAGGAAAAAGGUACUUCACUAGUUGCUACUGGCAGCCACUGUACUGGCAGCCUUGUCCUUUUUAAAACUAUUAUCAUUAUUAUUAUUAUUUAGGGGCCCAAGCAUUGUAUUUCUUGGUUUUGUUGAUUUUCUUCCAUUGAUUUUCAGUUCUGGAAAAACUACCAGAUGGUUUUUACCAGACUGCACAUUGAUCGAGGGGUACACCAAAUGACAAUUGAGUGAUUUUGGCCCCAGUUAAACACUUGGUGCUACUACAUCAAAUGGUUGAAAAUGCUAUAUUUGACAGGCCAUAACUCCUGAUCCCUUUGACCUAUAAUCAGUGUUCUUUUUUCCUAGAUUCCUCUCCUUUCAUGGAACAGAUUUAUCCAUACGCCAGAAAAGUGUGGUAAGGAUUUUUUUGUUGAAAAACCUUAAGUCGAUCCCCUUUUAGAUGCUUUGACCAAUUUGCACAAGACUUGGUAACUAUAGCAGUUAUUCUUUAAUCCCAGGAUAAGCAAGGUUGCUACGGGUAACCCCAUGCCUGUAGUAAGCCAGUGAAUUUGCAUGUGGGUGUGGCUCUUUACCAAAAAGCUAAUAAAUCCCAAAAGGUUGGACAAAAAGUGAUGAAACUAUGUGCCUAUUUACCGCUCAAUCCUUAGGACUGCCCUGAAGUACUAUUAAAUGUAGUUUUGCAAAUGUAUUGCCAAGUUAUGCAAGUUGUCAGUUUAUGCAAAAACAUGCCAAAUGUACAUCGCCUAGAAACUGUUUUACCUGUUUUUUGUGCAAUUAAUUAUUUUUAAAACUCUUGCCCAACUCAUUGUUAUAAUUUGUCAGUAAGAAAGAAAAAAAAAAUUCAUUAAGUGGUUAAAUUCCUAAUCUCUAUAAUACUCAUAGUUGUCCCAUAAAUGUAUUUAUAUUUUGUAUGAUUAAACAGUUAAAAAACAUGUUAAGACCAUACAAACAAUAAUAUGUAUGCCUGUACUGUAAUAUGUUCUGAUUUCUGAAAUCUUAUCUCUUCACAAUCCUGUGGCUCCAUCAUUGUCUUGGACAAAAUGUUCCUGUUAAGUGUACAAUGCAAUCAUUUUUUAUUUUAAAUAAGUCAGUGAAAAAAUCGUACCCACUAUUUUUUCCUCUUGGACUAAAAUGUCUUUAACAUUGCAGACUUUCUGUAAUAAAUACUUCCUUGCCAGUG